GGUUUUGCAGCCGUGAACUCGUUUUAUAUGGCCACGUAAUCAAUUGAUAUUGCAACAAAAACCCCCUUCAUUAUUCACUCCUGUUAAUUAUUGCUAGCUUACAUGUAUCAACGUUAAAAAUGUCAGUGUGUUAAUUAUCUGCUCCGAAUUGGACCGCCUCGGAGACUAUAUGGAGAUGCCCUACUCCGCAUUUUUUGACCGUAGGGUAUGUGUGACGCAUGUGCCCCGAUCGUUGUUCAAUAUUACUUCGGAUUUACACUUUCCAUUAUGAAAUUGUUUCUCAUUUGCCCGUCAUUUGCCCGCGUUGUCGGAUUCAUUUCGAUGUUGGCUCAAAAUCUUCCACGUCGAAAGACUGACAAGGCUUCUUUCUGGCUGGGGCCAUGUCAACACCUGCCAUUCUUAAAGCAACUGGCUAUAAAUAUUCUCUAUAGCAGGCAUGUUGCAGGUACAAAUCGGAACUCGGAAGUUACGCCGACCCUGUUGCGUUGUCAGUGCGUCUGGAAGGAGAUUGGGGUUCGAAAGAGGCAUGAGGAUGUUUGUUGUAAAGUAUAAUCACUACAAGAUAAAUCCCGCAAGAGUCAAUGCAGAACGAAGAGAAACCGGACCAGACUUCGACAAAAAGGGUCAUACUGAGGUCGACUUGUGACAGAAGCGAGUUGGAAGCCCAAUAUGGUUGAAUUGAUCGAUGUAGGCGCCAAUGCGGGUCAUCCCGGCCCUUGUGGAAUAGCAUUUCGGAUAAUCUGAGGCUUGAGCUUCAGAAAUGCGCCAAAGACCUAUUAAAUGACAAGUUAUUAUUGUAGAUAGCUGUCCCGACUGCACUAAUUCUGGUAUCAUCAGCCUUCUGAUAACAUCGGUGGGGUUGCACUGGACUAUAUCAACUGAUAGUAUAUACUACAGUACGCCAGUCUGCUACCACAUUCGUCAUCAUCAAAUGAUGAUGGCACGAUAAUUGACUUUUCGAAUUUAUCCUGUGUGUUUUGCCCGAUUGUGCGCUUCCUGGGUUCUGCAGCUUCGGGUUUUCUCAUAAUUGGACAAUUUAAUUACCUGCUAAACGUGAUUCGUCGUGCAGGUCCGGUC